ACUUCCCUCUGUAGUGUGUGUGUGUGUGAGUGAGUGAGUUCAGCGUCUCGCACUGGCAGUGACUUUGGAUUAAGCGUGUUAUGUGGGAAUGAACCAUCUGGAAUUCUUGCUCUUCCACAAGAGCUUUUCUCCGAACAAAACAAGCUUUCUGAAAUCUGAACAGAAGUUCUGGAAAUGGCUGUGAAGCGCGAAGAGACGCGAAAUCCAUCGACGGCUAAACGGCUUCCCUGGGUUUCGCUGGCGUCCCGAUCGCUUUAUUGAAGAUGGACACACUGGAGUCGGAGUUGACUUGCCCAAUCUGUCUGGAGCUGUUCGAGGAUCCUCUUCUUCUGCCCUGCGCCCACAGCCUGUGCUUUAACUGUGCUCACCGGAUCCUGGUGUCCCACCGAAGCUCAUCCGACGAGUCCAAACCCGUCUCCGCUUUCCAGUGUCCCACCUGCCGAUAUGCCAUCGCCCUCGACCCGCAGGGCCUAGACGGGCUCAAGCGCAACGUGACUCUGCAGAACAUCAUCGAGCGCUUCCAGAAGGCCUCGCUGAGCGGCCCGAACUCCCCGAGCGAGACCCGGCGCACGAGCAUGAGUUCCCCGGUCCAGUGCCAGUUCUGCGAGACCGACCCGCCCCAGGAGGCGCUGAAGACCUGCGUGACCUGUGAGGUCUCGUACUGCCAGGAGUGCCUGCGGGCCACGCACCCUAACAAGAAGCCGUUCACGGGUCACCGGCUGACGGAGCCGGUACCGGACGCUCGGGUCCGAGGACUGGCCUGUGCCGAACACGCGGAGGAGAAGGUCAACAUGUACUGUGUGACGGAUGAGCAGCUGAUCUGCUCUCUGUGUAAACUGGUCGGGCAUCACCGAGAGCACCAGGUGGCGGCGCUGGGGGAGCGCUUCGACAAGCUGAAGCAAAUGUUGGAUUCCAACCUCAGCAAUUUGAUCAAGAGGAACAGCGAGCUGGAAAACCUCAUGGGGAAGUUGAUCCAGACGUGUCAACAUGUGGAGCACAACGCGGCUCAUCAGGAGAGCAAACUGACGGAAGAGUGCGACACGCUGAUAAACAUCGUUCAGCAGAGGAGACAAAUCAUCGGCACCAAGAUAAAAGAAGGAAAAGUGGUUCGGGUGAGAAAGCUAGCUCAACAGAUCGCUAACUGUAAGCAGUUUGUGGAGAGAUCGUCCUCACUCAUCGCUCAAGCGGAUCAAGCUCUGAAAGAGACGGACCACGCUCGAUUCCUGCAGACUGCAAAGAGCAUCUCAGAGAGAGUCUCAAUGGCAACCGCGUCCUCACAGGUCCUGAUUCCAGAGAUCAACCUGAACGACACGUUUGACGCGUUCGCACUGGACUUUUCCAGAGAGAAGAAGAUGCUGGAAGGUCUGGAUUACCUCACAGCUCCGAACGCUCCCACCAUCCGCGAGGAGCUCUGCACGGCCUCUCACGACACCAUCACAGUCCACUGGACAUCAGAGGACGAGUUCAGUGUGGUCUCAUACGAGCUCCAGUACACCAUCUCCACCGGCCAGGCUAACGUCGUCAGUCUGUGUAACUCGCUGGACAGCUGGAUGAUCGCGCCCAACAUUAAGCAGAACCACUACACCGUCCACGGCCUGCAGAGCGGCACCCGCUACAUCUUCAUCGUGAAGGCCAUGAACCAGGCCGGCAGUCGCAGCAGCGCGCCGGGGAAGCUCAAGACCAACAGCCAGCCGUUCAAGCUCGACCCGAAGUCGGCCCACCGAAAGCUGAAGGUUUCCCACGACAGCCUGACGGUGGAGCGCGACGAAGCCUCGUCCAUGAAGAGCCACGCCCAGGACCGCUUCGGCUCCGGGAACUACGGCGUCACCGGGAACGUGUUCAUCGACAGCGGACGCCACUACUGGGAGGUUCUGAUCGGGGGGAGCACGUGGUUUGCGAUUGGCGUCGCAUACAAAUCGGCUCCCAAACACGGCUGGGUGGGGAAGGACUCGACGUCGUGGGUCUUGAGCCGCUGCAACACCUCGUGGGCCGUGCGUCACAACAGCAAAGAGUUCCCCAUCGAGCCGUCUCCUCACAUGCGGCGCCUGGGGGUUCUGCUGGACUACGACUCCGGGUCGCUGGCGUUCUACGACGCCGCAGGAACACAACACCUCCACACCUUCGACAUCUCCUUCUCUCAGCCCAUCUGCCCCGUCUUCAGCGUGUGGAACAAGUGCUUGACCGUCCUGACCGGGCUGCCCAUUCCCGACCACCUGGAGACCGGCGACCCGCACAACUGAACCCACGUCACGAGCCUCCGCCACACACCUGCUGUUAGCAUGCGUCUCAGAUGACGUCAGUGUACCC